AUGCUGGUUGAUUAUUCAGAAUCCAGUUCGGACAGCGAUCAGCCAUUCAAAAGUAAGAAUGUUGGCACCAGGAAACGCAAGGCUGAAGAUGCUGCUCCCGUCCAAGUCGAGCCUAAACCGCCUCCACGGCUCCCAGCCUCCUUUCACUCUCUGUAUGCGGCAAACGUGAGGACUUCUGCCACCGAUGAUCCCACACUGCAUGCUGGCAGAACCCGUCAGGUACCUCAUGUAGUAGGUAAUUGGUCGACCCAUGUUUAUCUCGAGUGGUCUCCGUCCAAGACUGAGGUUGGGAUACUCGACAAGGUGCUCGAGAAAGCCGCAGAGGCCCUCGGUUCAGGCAGUGGUAUUGCUGGCACUCAGAUACACAGCUUUCUGCGCUCAGAUUUAGGAGCCCUGCUGCCUCUUCACGUGAGCUUGUCCGCUCCGCUUGUACUAAAGACGGAGCAGAAGAUUGCCUUUCAAGAAAGUCUGCUCAGCAAGUUGACCAAAACUCACCUGAAGCCGUUUACGGUUCACGUCAUUGGGCUGGACUGGGUUUCAAAUGAGACCCGAUCAAGGUUCUUUCUAGUGCUAAGGUUGACUAAGCCCGACAACGAUGAAUUGAACAUGCUCUUGUCAGUAUGCAACGCAGUCGCUCGUCAAUUCGGGCUCGCAACGCUGUACGAUAGUUCGAGAUCCCCACAGAAAAUCGAUAACACGCACGCGUUUCAUAUCAGUAUCGCCUGGACUUUGCAGCAGCCUGAUGAUCAAGCACAAGGGCAACCUGUGGAUAUCGGGGUCGAUGAGUUACGCGGACUUACGAUGAAAUUUUCCUUUCUGAAGUUGAAAAUCGGCAAUUUCGUGGCAGAUAUUCCAUUCGCAAAACACCGAGAUUGGGAACCAUAA